UGAAAGCAACACUGCACGGCGGAAACGCGGAAGAAGGGCUAAUGCAGGAGACGAAAAGCUGUGGGAGGAGGACGUGGAAGAGAAUGCUUCUGAGAAGAAGAGGAGGAGGACGCCAAUCCUCUCAUCGUGUCGCUCCCCAAGGCCAAGCUCUCGAAGGAACAGAUUGCACAGCAAUGGUUCAGUCAAGACAUCUUCGCCAGUUUAGAUCAAACCUAGGAGACGGAUACCAACACAAGGACGCUUCUCUGACCGAUGUCACGGUUGCGCCAGGAAAGCUCAAGAGAGCACGGGAAGACUUCGAGGUUGUAGCAGCCGAGCCGAGUGGUUCGUUCGACUCUUCCUCGGACGAAGAGGAGGACUAGAGAUCCUCACUUAUGAAGAUGCUGCGGAAGAAGGACAGGGACAGGAUCAUCGACGACGCGUACAACUAGUACAUGUUCGACGACGAGAAGCGGCACUGCAAGGUUCAGAAGCCAUUCACCAAGGAAGAUGACCAGGCGAUGAGGACGCAGUUUAGAGCGAUAGACGCAAGGAGGCUCGCAAGAAGCGGAGGGUGAUGAAGAAAAUGGAGCAAGCACGGAGCAAAGCGGCGGCGAUUGCCGAUCCAACAUCUCGAACAAGUCCAAGAACAGGAUGAUGGACAAGAAAGCGGUGGCGACAGCGUCGUUGUGGUGAAGAAAGGCGUGAGGGUCAAGGGUGGCAAAGGGGUGGAUCGUCGCAUGAAGAAGGAUUCAUGAUUCAAAGGUUGGCAGCCUGCGAACAAAGGCAAAGGUGGCAAGCCUGCGAGCAAAGGCAAAGGUGGUGCAAGAUGAUUAUUGUCUUACACAUAUUGGGAGCUGCUGGGUGACAACGUUGUUGAGACCAGGGCCAGCCUGGCUGCCUUCACGAGGUCCCUCUACAAUGACAUUGUAAUUCUCAAUCGCUA